AUGAGUCUCGGGGAGGUGUACGGGGGUCUGGGGAGGGAAAUGGGCGUCGACAGGACGGCGGCAAGUCAAGCUUUUAUCCCUGAGAGACAAUCGAAACACAUUAGGUCUGCUUGCUCGGUAUCAUUGCCUCUCGGAGAAGACUAUUACUUAGAUAAGAGAAGAGGAAGCUCAAGUGGGAAUAAGUACUCUUCGCGCCCUCCCCCCCCCCCUCUCGCAUUCCACCAUGCCCCACCCGCCCACCUCCUGGUCGCCGCCCUCCUCCUUCUCGUGCCCGCCUCCACGUCUUCGAAGAAAGACCACUACCGCUUCCGCUCAGACACCUCCACAGAGGACCCGGAUUUCAGCGGCGAAGACACCUAUUUCGGCAACAGCGUCACCCCCGCGUCUCGUUGCCGCCAUAACUACCAUGAGAGAACCGAGAACGCCAUCAAUCGGCAGAUCAACUUGUUCCUCCAUGUUGGAUACAUGUAUAACAGCAUGGCACAUCACUUCGGGCGCUGCGACGUGGCUCUCCCAGGCUUCAACACCUUCUUCAAGCAAAUGGCCCAAGAACAGCGCGAGAAAUCGGAGUCCCUCAUGGCGUACCAGAACCUUCGAGGAGGACUGGUCACCCUCCAGCAGGUGACGGCGCCGGCCACGUCGGAAUGGGGCACUGGACUCGAAGCCAUGCACCACGCGCUCGAACUCGAGAAGAGCGUGAAUCAAGAACUGCUGGAGCUGCACAUGGUGGCACUGCAGCACGAGGACAUUCACGCUGCCACUCUCAUCCAGACCAACUUCAUCAACCCACAGGUCGAGAAGAUCUUCACCAUCAGUCAGUACAUCACUAAUCUAGAACGAGUAGGACCUGGUCUUGGCGAGUACAUGUUCGACAAACUCCCGCAGAAUUAACUGGUACAAAUUGGAACAACACUAGAUGAGUGGCGUCGGCGAUUGCACUGUGAGACGGGAACUUUGCUGAGGCGAUUCUACUUUGAGAGCGAAUGUGUCUGUUGAGGUAAUACCGACAGACAUGCAUAU